CAGAUUUCUUGGGGGCAUUUGGCUUCGGUCCCCGCGCCGCUGCGGCUUCCGCUUCUGAAGUUAGCUUCAGAAUGUCGGUGGACGGUGCAGGUGGCGACUUCCAGGAAAUCAUCACAAGGGAAGUGGACAAGUUGAAGGAAUCUUUGCUGACAUCUUUUGCCGAAAAGUUUCCAGCGAGGACAGUGAAUGCGUUCAAAACUGCGGGCCACUCUGAUGCAGACACUUCCUCCAGAGGCGGCUUCUGCUGCGCCGCCCGGGAUGCCUCGCGCGGUGGCACCCUGGCGCUGCCGGCGCCGAAGCCCGGGUCCUCGUGGAAGCCCAUUGCGGCAGAACCCACGGCAGCUUGACGGCGACGGGGGUCGUUUCUGGGGAUCCCUGGGAAAACCUUGGGAAACUCCAUGCGUUUUCCCAAAAGAUGGGGAAAAACAUGGACAAAAGUGCCAAACACGUUUUUUCCCAUGA